UACGCUGACUCCGUGCAAGCAAUAUCACUCACACUACAGUUAGUUGGCGCCUACAGAUAUCAUCAGCUGAUGGAAAACUGAGUCAACAAUAUACUGUAUAUUCAUUAUUUAGUUAUGUUUCCAUCUUCUUAGUUUUAUUUUCAAGUGAUAACAUUUUACGUUAUCUAAAACUCAUUUCUUAAUGAUUUGUGAAAGGAUACAGGUGGCUGCAUAUAUAGUGCAUAAAAUGAUUAAAAUGUUACUAAGGUUAAGAAGUUAACCUCACAUUACGCCCGGCUCUUUUAAAGUUGUUUCAGAAAAAGUUAGAUAAAGGGGAUAUUUCUAAAUAAUCAGAUAGUACUAUGAAGUAUUCUAUAAUCAAUCUAGUGAAACUAGCAAUAUAUUUAACAAAACUUGUGAGAAGCUCAAAAAUAGCACAUAAAUUAUUUUUUAUUUAUUACAUUCUGAAUAAAAUAGAUCAAUUGCUAAAGAUGCAGCUGAAGUUAUAUUGUAUUCAAGAUGAAAUUUUUUCAUAUCUAAUAAAGACACAUGGACAGUCUAUUCAGUCUCACAUUGAUGAAAAUUUGUAUGUUCUAUGUAACCCUAAUAUAAUUGAUAGAGAACAAAAGUGGUUUUAUUUAUGUUGCAAUACAUCAGAAAAAAGAUAUAAAGUAGCCAUCAUAUCUAUUUUGGACAUCCCAAGAACUGUGAUUUACGUUUCUGAAAGUAUGAAAUAUAAUAUUGUCAAACAAUUUAAUACAGAAAAUUCAAAUGAAAGUUUAUACUUCUUAGUUCCAAUUAAUGAACAUGUUACAAGUUUUGCUACAGAAGUGAAGGUAUCUUUGAUUCAUAAUCCUUAUAAUUAUAAUGAAGAUUUGCUGAAUGAUGCUUUACAAAGUUACUUUACUACUCCAAAAUAUCUCAGAGAAAAUGACAUUAUCAAAGUUGACUUUAAAAGUUAUUUACCAGAAUUUAAAUACUACAUAGUUGAUUCAAAUUUGGAUAUUUUGUAUUUUAAAGUUAAUAAAGUGAAUACUGAAAACAAAAUAAAUGGCAAAAAUGGCAAUUUUGCUGUUUACGGCAAAACUACUGUAAUCCAAGAAUCUAAUGUAAAUAGUUAUCUUCCACGUAAAUGCUUCUGUAAUGUAUCGUUUGAUGCAAUUAAAAAUACAUCUAAUUAUUGGCCACCAAUAAUGAGAGAAACCCUUCAGAACUUGCAGUCGUGUAUUGAUCCAUUUUUACAAAAAGAUAUCUUCAUUGAUGUGAACCCUGUAUUUCUUGUCAAUGGUCCAGUUGGUUCUGGGAAAUCUCGUCUUGUUAAAGCUACUGCUGAAUCAUUAGGUUUUCAUUUACUAGAAGCUGAUGUUUCAGAAGUUCAGUCACUCACAUCAGCCCAAACCGAAGCUAAACUUAAAAUUAUUCUCCAUGAAUCUGAAACUUGUGUUCCGUGUAUAAUCAUGCUUCAAAAUAUUCAAAUUUUUGGAAUAAAUUCAGAAGGUCAAAAAGACGAACGAGUUUUGUCUGCCUUGACAACAGAGCUUAAAAAGUUAUUCAAUAAAAAACGAAAUUAUCCAAUAAUUAUAAUCGCAACAUCUAGCGAAUCAGAAAUUCCAAUAGAUUCAGAGAGAACUUUUGUCGAAACAAUCAGCAUAGAUCGUUUAGAACUAGAGCAAAGGUGUCAAGUUUUAAUAUGGCUUAUGAGAACUAAAGGUUUAAAGUAUGACGUAGAUUUGCAAAAAAUUGCCAAACUCUGCUCUGACUUCGUGUUGGCUGAUCUAGAAGCACUCGUUUUACAUGCAGUAAAAAAUUGUUUCAAACGAAGAAAUCAUUUGCAAAAUGUGAACGAAAUGAUGAUAUCUAACGAUGACUUUGUACAUGCAUGUGAACACAUGCAAUCAGUAUUUUCUGAUCAACUUGGGGUACCACGAGUCCCAACGGUUCAUUGGGAGGAUAUUGGAGGAUUGGUGGAUCUGAAGAAAGAAAUCAUGCGUAGAAUUGAGAUGCCUUUGCUAAAUAUCCCUGGAAUGAGAAGGUCUGGUCUUCUUUUGUAUGGGCCACCUGGAACUGGUAAAACUUUACUUGCCAAAGCAGUUGCAACUGAGUGUCAACUGCACUUUCUAUCUGUGAAAGGGCCUGAAUUGUUGAACAUGUAUGUUGGUCAAAGCGAGAGGAAUGUUCGGCAAAUCUUCGAGAGAGCCCGAGCAGCAGCACCUUGCAUAAUUUUCUUCGACGAACUAGACUCACUUGCACCAAACAGAGGUCAAAGUGGUGACAGCGGUGGAGUAAUGGACCGCGUAGUUUCACAACUUUUAGCCGAGAUGGAUGGUCUUGAGAGUACAGGCAGUAUUUUCAUCAUCGCGGCAACUAAUCGGCCAGAUCUCAUUGAUCCUGCAUUGCUAAGACCUGGUCGAUUUGACAAGAUGCUAUAUGUAGGUCUAUAUGCGGACCUCGACUCACAAAUGAGUGUAUUGAAGGCACUGACCAGACAAUUCCGAAUGGAAGAGAAUGGCGACGAAUUGAAAAAGUUAGUUGAAAAGCUACCAGCGAAUUUGACUGGGGCUGACUUGUAUUCUGUUUGCUCUAAUGCUUGGCUUCGAGCCGUGAAGAGGAUUUUAAUUGAUAAAAGCCUUGGUAGAGAGAAAGUAAGGGGCGAAGACGUAAUUGUUAAGUUGGAUGAUUUUUUGUACGCUACGAAGGAGUUGGUGCCAUCCGUUAGCAAGGAGGAGAUGUUAAGAUAUGAAAGACUUGGACAAGAAUUGUCUUCUAGGUGAUGUUGAUUAUUUUUUAUGAUCGUAUAAAUGUAGAAUUCUUAUUAUAUAAUAUGAUGUUUUGUAUGUAGAAUAUAUUUUUGAAAGAAAUUUAUUACUAUAAAAUCUAAUAACUAUAUAUUUUUCUGA